CCCGCACAGUUCUUCAGCAUAUUUGUGACCAGCUGUAGAGGGUUUGUCAGCAUGUCUAACAGUGGAGAGACUCUUACGAAAAAAUUACAAGAUGAAAAUGCAAUGAAUAUUUCAGAAAGCUAUGAAAAUGGAACCUGUACAGAUGCACAGACUGUCUGCAGAGAUUUGCUGCUUCAUUUGGAGGAGACCCAAGGUGAAGGCAUAGAGCCAACAGAGUCCCUGUGGACUUCCUUUGCUGAUGGCAGAGUCAGACUGAGAAUAGAUAACUCAUGUCCACAGACUCCCAUAACAGUUCAUCAGAUGUUCAAGGAGAGCCUAGAAAAAUAUGGAUCCCUUAAUGCUUUGGCCAGCAAAAAGAAUGGAAAGUGGGAGAAAAUAACUUUUUCGGAAUAUUAUUGCCUCUCCAGGAAAGCGGCCAAGAGCUUCUUGAAGCUUGGUCUUGAACGAUUCCACAGUGUAGCAAUCCUUGGAUUUAAUUCUCCAGAAUGGUUCAUCUCAGCUGUUGGAGCUGUUUUUGCUGGAGGAAUUGUCACAGGAAUAUAUACAACCAAUUCUCCAGAGGCCUGCCACUACAUUGCUUAUGACAGCAAGACCAAUAUCAUGGUUGUGGAAAAUUGGAAACAAUUGGACAAGAUAAUGCAGAUCUGGAAUCGCUUGCCACACUUGAAAGCUGUUGUGCUAUAUAAGGACUCCAUUCCAGAGAGACAUCCAAAUUUGCAUACGAUGGAAGAGUUUCUGAAGUUGGGAGAUGACAUAUCUGACACUACUUUGGAUGAUAUUAUUGACUCCCAAAAGCCAAAUCAAUGCUGUGUGCUAAUAUACACAUCCGGAACAACUGGGAAGCCAAAAGGAGCCAUGCUGAGUCAUGACAACAUAACUUGGACAUCAGCACAUUGCAGCAGAGCAGGAGAUAUGCAACCUGCAGAGGUCCAACAGGAGUCGAUAGUCAGUUAUCUCCCCCUCAGCCAUAUAGCUGCGCAGAUAUAUGACCUGUGGACUGGAAUCAAAUGGGGAGAGCAAGUUUACUUUGCUGAGCCAGAUGCUCUGAAGGGCAGCUUGAUCAACACGCUAAAAGAAGUGCAGCCAACAUCUCACAUGGGAGUUCCCCGAGUAUGGGAGAAAAUCAUGGAGAAAUUAAAGGAUGCUUCUGCUCAGUCAGGGUUUAUGAAGAAGAAAAUGCUGUCAUGGGCUAUGUCACUUAGCUUAGAGAGAAACCUAAACUGCUCAAGCAGUGAUUUAAAGCAGCUCUGGACAAGGUUAGCAGACUACUUAGUGCUUGCAAAAAUACGCAAUGCAUUGGGUUUUUCUUCCUGUCAGAAGCACUUCUCUGGUGCUGCUCCUCUUAAUACCGAAACGCUGUAUUUCUUCUUGGGUCUGAACAUCACCCUGUACGAGGCCUACGGGAUGAGUGAGACCACGGGACCACACUGCCUAUCUGGGCCUUAUAUUUACAGGCAGCACAGCUGUGGUAAACCAGCACCUGGCUGUAGAGUAAAACUGGUGGACCAAGAUACAGAAGGCAUUGGAGAAAUCUGUUUCUGGGGAAGGACUGUUUUCAUGGGUUACUUAAAUAUGGAAGACAAAACAAAAGAAGUCUUUGAUGAGGAUGGGUGGCUGCAUUCUGGAGAUUUAGGAAAACUAGACAAGGAUGGCUUUCUCUAUGUCACUGGAAGAAUUAAAGAUUUGAUUAUUACAGCUGGGGGUGAAAACGUGCCUCCAAUACCAAUUGAAGAUGCUGUUAAAAAAGAACUCCCAAUUGUUAGUAAUGCUAUGGUGAUUGGAGAUAAAAAGAAGUUUUUGUCAAUGUUGCUGACCUUAAAGAGUGUGUUGGACCCAGAUACAUCUGAUCCCACUGACGUUCUCACUGAGCAAGCUAGAGACUUCUGCCAGAAGACUGGUAGUAAAGCCACUAAAGUAUCAGAGAUUGUAGCUACAAGAGACCAGGCGAUCUACCAGGCCAUUCAGGAGGGAAUCAACAAAGUCAACAUGAAUGCUACUAACAGGGUUCAUUGUAUUCAAAAAUGGAUAGUUCUGCCAAGAGAUUUUUCCAUUUCUGGGGGAGAACUAGGUCCGACAAUGAAGUUAAAACGGCUCACCGUGCUUGAGAAGUACAGAAAUGAAAUAGACUCCUUCUAUGAAGAAUAAGAAGUCUUUCAUCCAAGCAUUAAGAAAGAUCUGUGAGCUAAAGAAAGUAUUUCCUAAUCAAAAGCAUUAAUGAAGAUUUAUGCUGUCCUGGUUUUGUAGUCUCUUGAACAGAGCCACUGGAAAACUGCUGUGUUAGUUUAGUUGUUCCUGAUACUCACCUGAUCGUUUGUCCUCUUCUUACAGAAGUAUCUACACAGUGUGUCCAUUUUCUAAUGCUGUUCUUACUUUAUGCCCUAAACGAAUAAGAUUAAAAACAUCCUCGUGUUGUAUAAAGUGGGUGUAACUAAUUAAUUCCUCUAGACUGAAACACAAAAAUGUUUUAUACUGUGAUUUUUUUUUUUUUGUUCUACAGGAUGCUGCCUGUAGCUCAUAAUAUAAUUUGGUAGAUCAGUAGGUAGCAGUACUGCUUAGUGAAACUGUUAACCACUCCAGUGAUAAAAGAUGAUUAUUUAAAAAAAAAAUAAUCAAAAGCGCUGUCUCUUUCCCUCCCACAGAAGAGUUUAUUUUUGUUCACUAACAUGUUUCAGAACCUUAAGACGCUCGUCUCCAUUUUUACAGUGGCUAGAAUCCAGACUUUAGUGAAAAGAGCAACUCCCAUUUCUUAAAAUCUAUGUUGAAAUAAGCAUUACUAUUUCUCCUAAAAACAAGUAAUCAAAAAAGUUGGGGGAAUAGCUCCCAAAGACUAAAAGACAUAAAGUAGCAAAUCCAGGGGCUGUCUCAUUAAAAAUACUAUUUACAACAGGAAAAUUCUUUAAAAUUGUUUACAGCACUCUUUUUGUUUUUGCAAAGAGUUCAGAAGCAACGUUUGUCCAUGUGUAUCUGCAUGUUUCAAUAUUCACACUGUACUAAUUCUGACAAACGUGAGCUGUGUUUCUUCUUCCCCUUAUGAAAAAAAUCCUAAUGCGUGAAGGACACGCUACCAGGAAACCCUUCAGACAACUUUGUCAAGUAAGGGUUAUAAGGGCUAACACAAGCAGGCAGGCUUACGGUCGCUGUUCUUGCUCAAAAAAAUCAUGCAGAAUAGGGUAUUGUUUCCAUGAAAGUGCCAUUACCAGUCUGAGCAUCUUACAGACUAAAGAUCUGUUGCAAGUACCAACAAUCAGCUCAACACAUAAGACAAGAUAGCAGCCUAGGAUUAUAAGAACAAAACAAGCAGUAGGACUUUGAAAAGUUUAUUUUCCCCCAUUUUGUGCGUAAGGGCAAUUCAGAAGUUCUUUAACAAUAUUAAUCUAGAGGAAACAAAGAAGCAGCAGCUUGUAAAACACAAAGAAAUGUUGCCCUAUUCACCAAAAGCAGAGUGCACAAGGAAUAAAGCUCAUUAUCCCUCCUCCAGCAUGUUGUUAGACUGUAUUAAAAAAAAGAAAGAGCUGGGAUGCUUACUUUAUAGAGUGACACUAGAAGCUGUUACUCAAAAUAGAUUUUACUUCUGCAACAACCAGCCAAAACAGUCUUAAUAGAAAGUAACUUAAGUGGAGUAAUACCUAUUAAUAGAACUAAGCUUUAGGAAGCCUGGUUCUGGCAGUAGGGAUAAUCCUGUGCUAUAGUCAUACACAUUUUCUUGUAGUUGUACUAAUGGAAGCAUACCUUGAGACACAUGCAGAUCAGAAUGACUCCUAUGACGAUCUGUAUGUGAUGAAGAAGGGAGGGAAAAGAGUUGCUUUUAUGCCCAUUAAGCUUAGUAAGUAGGGAAAAAAUACUCAGAUCCCCUUGAAUAGGGAUGAAAUGUAUUUCUGGAAAAUAGGCACCAGAGCCAAAUCUUCAACCUGUUUUAAUCCAUUUAGGACUAGUCUCUUACAUUCAGAGUUUCUAGAAUAAAAUUACUAGUCAAUACAGUAAGACACACUGAACAGACUAUGCAUAAACACAAGAAGCAUUCUAGCAGAAGUCAUGAAAUAUUUAGUAUAAAUUUGCAAAGUUAAUACUUUCCCCUCACAAUAUAUGGCAGAAGUAAUUUUAUAUCACUUACUCUCAGACCUCUGUUGUAAAGUGUGUUUCAGAGAGGAAAAUUUCUAAGAUUUUGGCAUAUAGACUUGAAAAAUAAUUUUAUUUCAACAUUAAUUCUCACCCCUUGCUGAUUAAUGAUUGUGGGUUUUUAAAAAUACACAAAUAGAUUAAAUCUCUAGAAUUUUGUGUUUAUUUAUGCCCUUGAUUUCAUGAAUCACCAGAGUCUCUGAAGUGGUUUUUUCAUUGCUUUUAACAUGAAAUUGCUAUUUUAAGUUAUUUUAUACCCGUUUCUGUUUAUGAAGGUCAUCUUGUGCUAUUGUUAGGCUGAAAACCUAGCUUUUAAAUUUCACUAAGAUCAACAAAGUAGGUUUUAACCAUUAAGGUGCUUUAACAUUUCACUAAUUCUGUUACUGGUUUACUUGCAUAAUUUUUCUUUGUGGAAAGUAAAAACCUCUAGUUGAAAUUGAAAAUGGUAGACAGUUACAGUGGCAAUAAAAGAAUUCUCUUAGAUAAAAAUGUUCACCAGAUAGAAAAAAAUAAAUAAGACAUAGCACUUAGAAAAGUCCACUGAAAGCAGGCACGAGCAUCAUCUGUAGCCAUUUGGACUAAAUUUAUUAAUGGAGAGGCCCUAACUAAAAAGUUUGCUCUCUUAAGAGACAAGCAAACUAUACGCAUGUGGACAUCAGGUUACAUACAAUGGACUUUGCAUCAUGUGUCCUAUUGGAGUUAUUACAAGUAGUAGGAGAAAAGUUUAGUCUGUGUCCCGUACUCUGCGGCAGAUCUCCUCUGUGAAUUCCGAACACUUGGCACUACCUCCCAAGUCUUUUGUCAAGACCUGAAAGAAAGAAAAAAUAAUAUUACUAACGUGUUUUUUAUGGGGCUAGUCUUGUCUCUGAAGAGUUCUGUAUGAUGUUCUUACAUGUUGUGUAUGGAUACUAAAUACGAGUGAGAAGGUACACAUCAAGUUUGAGUUUUUCCACAUCUUGUAUGGCCUUCAUCAGUAAGAACUAUGCAGACUGAAGCAGGUAGAGAAAACUUUGAGUACAAACAUCCAGCAUUAUGUUAUCAGGUUUCAACAUGAUUUACCUUAACGACAGGAAGAAAGUGCAUUUGGCUAAAGUCCCUUGGCCACUUAAUAGUGUAAUUAAUUGUUAAGUAUUAAUAAAUUUGUCCUUUGAAAGUAAAAUUCGCAUAUAAAGGCUCAGCACAAAGGCAACUAAUUGAGAGUCAUUCAGUAAGGUUUUGGGGUGGUUGGUUGUUUGUUUUUUUAUUUUAAAGGAAACCCACACAGAAGAAGCACAGAUAGCUCUUAAUGCUGCAUAUUAACAGUUCUUUAAGUUCGCUUAGUUUAGUUAAGAAGUGGAAAAAUGCAGAGUUAAACUUUUUCAUCAAGUACAACUCCUGUCUGGCAGCAUGAAGAUAGUAAAAUAAAAUAAAAAAAGUGGGCAACAUUGCUUGUCCAACCUAGCUAGAUUAAAGCAGUCUAGGAAAUAAUUUAAAAUAAUUAGUUUUCUCCUUAAAUGACACACACACAGAUCUUAAUUAAAUGGCUGGGAGGAAAGGGAGAAAUAGCAAGCAUGACAGGUAAAGGUUACUAUUUUAGGAUCUUGUCAUUUUAACUGCAUUACGCUUUUUUCAACUGAAAAUGAUUCUCUCCAUUGUGAGCACAUAAUCAUAACACUGUAAGUAACUAGUAAACAAGUAGCCAUGUCACGAAACUUGCACUAUGUUAUCUUCCAUAGAAUUACUGACCUGCAGAUGGAGGAUUUCAUUUCCAGAGCAGUAAAUGGGAACUUUACAGGAGCACCUCUUUAUUCACUUGUAAGUUUAGAUUUUUUUUUUUAAACUGGCUCCUACACACAGUAGGAUAGCUGCAAACAGACGACUUAUGAAGUGAUGACAGCUUUUUGUUUAAGCAUGCUUGUUACUUUUAAUAACAAAGCAGCUUCUUAUGCUCCUGCCCAAGGUAACUGAACCAGCAUGGCUAACUGCUAAUCCUCUUUACCUGCAAUCUUCCGGAUCUUUCCAGCUAUGUUUUGAAAAGGUGGACAUCAAAGUAGAGGAGUGAACAAAUAACAUUAAGGGCACAAAUUCAAGGCAGGUUUCAGAGCAUAAGCCCCCACCCCCACCCCCCCAAACAUCCCAUUUCAGUCUUAAAUCUGGAGACAAUUAUUGCCAAAGGGAAAAAUGUAAGUACUGGAUAAAAACUGUUCUUUUGUAGUCCAAAAAGGAGUGAAAGCAGCCAGGAGGAAAAAAAAAAAAAAAAAAGAAAAAAAUGACCUGAAAAAAUAGGAGCAGAAGUAUUAUAGUCAGGACUGAAAUGUUAUAAACUAAGUGGAUGAUUAAGCUUGUGAAAGGUAAACGUGUCCUUCACUUCAGGAUCCAGAUGUAAAUAUAUAUCUGUUCUGCAUUAUAAACUUUGCAAGUGAAAUACCACUAGUUACUUAAACCUCUAAUCCCCUUUGUGAAAAA